UUUACCCAGUAUGCAUGUUGUGUCAUUUAGAAAUAUUUAGAUCAAUAAAAUAAAUCAGCUGAUCAGUUAUUGUUACAUGUACGUGAUUGUCUGAGACAGUUAAACAUACUGUACUGUACAGUAGAAACAAAAUGCCACAGCUGGAGUGUCUAAAGUUUUGAUAUUUUUAUACAUUUAAUACAUUUCUGGAUUACUAGCAGUUCUUUGGAUAAUAAGAAACAAAAACAGGGUCUACAGACAUGAGUGGGACCUCUUUACAAAGUCAUGAUGAGGUUGUUGAAGCCAUUGCCAACAAUUCAAUGAGUGAUGUGAAGACCUUGUAUGCCAGUAACUAUGACUUCAACAAGCCUAUAGUAAAUCAGGAUUCCGUUGAACCAUCAACCAUCCUUCCAAUUAGCUAUGCUUGUGCACAGGGUAGUGUAGACGUUUUAAAAUUUUUUUUGGAAAUUGGACUGGAGGCAAACAUCCCAGGCACAGAUGGAAAACUGCCUAUUCAUUUUACAUGUGACUCAAAUGAACGUGUUGAUGAUAAAAAAGAGGAAUGUGUUCAAGCUUUACAGAUUCUAAUUCAAGCAAACUGUGAUGUUAAUGUAGUAGACAACAUGGGACGAACACCUUUAUUUCUUGCAUGCGAGGCUGAUGAUGUUGAAGCAGUUAAACUUCUGCUAGUUGAGAGUCGCUGCGAUGUCAAUAUUAAGACGGUUGUAGGUGACUCACCUAUGAAAGUAGCUUGUAGAAAUGCAAAGUAUUGGUCUUACUGGCAUGGUAAAGAGUUAAAUUCUGCCGGAAGAAAAAUCAAUUCAUUUGAUUUCCCACCGGUUCAAAUCACUAAAAUGUUACUUCAGGCUAAUGCAGAUGUGUCUGAGGCAACGUUACUCCCAACAGCAGUUCAGCUAGGUGACACUAAACUUGUUGAAGAACUACUUAAUCUAGGAAUGGAUAUAAAUAUGUUAGAUGAUAAUAUGUGUACACCAUUAGGUAUUGCCUGUUCAAACACACAUGUUCGAUCUCAACUUGUAAAGUUGCUACUUGACAGAGGUGCAGACGUUAACAAGGGUGGUGGAUGGAAAAAGCAGAAGCCUCUUAUUUUUGCCUAUGUUCACAAUUCUGUAGAGAAAAUCAAAUUGUUACUCUCUUAUGGUGCUAAAUUAACAGCGGAAGAGAUGACUGAACUAGUCUCACUCACCUUAUCUAAGUCAAUUCUAGAAAAUCCUGAAGUCAUCGGUCCAAAUAGCAAAGAAUUACUUUCUUGGAGACUUCUCAUGGCACAAGGAUUUUCACCAGUCAUUCAGGGGACAGAACUCCACUGUAAGGUGCAUAAAUUGAGUAUUUGCAGUAGCUAUGAUAAGAUAGAGCCCUGGAUUCGCAGUCUGCUAUACCCUGUACAUUCUCUAAAACAGUUAUGCCGGGUUAGCAUCCGUGGUAAUGUGCAUGUUCCAAUUGAUAAAAAUAUUGAUAAACUCCCUGUACCACACAGCAUUCAAGAUUUCUUAAAAGUCAAUGAAAUUUUCAUUAAUGAACAGCUAUAGAUUUAUGCAGUUUUGUAUAUUUUUUGUUAGAAAAUGGGGGAUUUUUAUUAGAACAAUAAUAAUUGCAGUGUUACUAAAUUUCUAACUAAAUCAAGUCAAGAUGUUCUAACUCUUCAAGAUUGUUUGGGAUAAUUGACAGUGAUUUAUUUUAAUUAUAGAAAAAAUGAAUUAUCAGUUGUAUCAACUAGGUAAUUCUUUUUACAGUAGAAACAACAUAUUAAAAAUUAAGACUGUUUAAAACAAAAGCUAAAUAUUUAUUUUAUUUUCUGAUGAAAUUAUCAUGCAACAUUUAUUGUUACCAUUGUCUUUAAAGGGUUUAGCAAAAGAAAGAACUUCGAAUUAUAGGCAAUUAUAAGAGAUUUUUUCAUUUCUAAAGUGGAAAUAAAUGUAUUUUUUUCUAAGGCAUGCAUUUAAUAAAGAGAGAGAAAAUGUUUGGUUGAUCUAAUAUUACUUAUAUUAAGUUAGAAUUCUGGAAAGAAUUAUACAUGAAAAGACAAUUUCUGUUUCAAACAGUAUGUUUAAAACUGAACCAGUAUAUAGUUCAUAUUUUAGCAAUAUUUAUUGUUAGAGUUUACCAUGACUUCAUUUUCAAGUCUGAAAGGGUUGGAAUGAAAUUACCAAUGUUUACUAGGAGAAUGGAAUCAAAAAUGUCUUUUACUAUGUUUUGUAUUGUAACAAUGUGUAUUUUUGAUAUGGGAGUUUAUUCAUUUUUACAACCAAAUUAAACUUCUGAUUAAAUCACUGAGUAUAAAAAGUAGACUUCUGAUUAAUUCAUGUAAAUAAUCAUUAUAGGUAACAGUGCUGUUACACUGUUCUAAACAUUCUUGUUUAGGUACAUGUUUUAAUUUUUUAUGUCUUUAAUAGAAUGUGAGGAGUGUGAUUUAGAACAGUGUUUUUAAUUUAUCAUUUUAUGUCAUAUUUUUCUCUAUAAAAUAGGGAUUCGUUGCCAUAAUGAUUUAAGUUUUUUACAGGUCUUUAAAAAAGUGUCCUAAAACUUUUAUAAUGUUUGAAUAUUCUGUUUCUAUCAAGUGCCAUCUUGAAAUAUGUGCAUUAGGUAUUUAUGUUUGAAGAUAUUAUAAUGAUAAACCUUGUGAAGAUAUAUUUGAUGAAUUUGGUGUUUAUAAUGUUGCUUUUUGUUAAAUUUUUGUAAGGAUUUUUAUUUUUUUAAAUACAUUGUAAUGGUUACUGUUUUUGCAACAGAUCUUUUUAGAUGGGACUUUUUUUAAAUUACUACAACACAUUUUGUGAAAUUAUUUUAGCAUAUGAACUAAAGGAUAUAGUUUAAAGGAAAAUUUUGAUAAUUUUUAGCUCGACUAUUCAAUAAGAAUAAGUAGAGCUAUUGUAGUCACCCGAGCGUCGGUGUCGGCGUAACCACUUAUGUUAAAGUUUUUGUAAUGCCUCAAAUAUUUUCAAAGUCCAUUGACAUAUGGCUUUGAAACUUUGCACACUUGUUCACCAUCAUGAAUCCAACCUGUAGACAGGAGGAGGUAACUCUAUCAAGCAUUUUGACAGAAUUAUGCCCCUUUUUCGACUUAGAAUUUACGUUAGUUUUUGUAAUACCUCAAAUAUUUUCAAAAAUCCAUUGACAUAUGGCCUUAAAACUUUGCAUGUACUUGUUGACCAUCAUGACCCAACCUGUAAACAGGAGGAGGUAACUCUAUCGAGCAUUUUGACAGAAUUAUGCCCCUUUUUCGACUUAGAAUUUACGUUAAAGUUUUUGGAAUACCUUAAAUACUUUCAAAGUUCAUUGACAUAAGGCUUUGAAACAUGUUGAAAUUUUAUACUCUUCUUUGAGAGCAUAAUAGGAAUCUCUUCAAGGCCUAUAACUGUAAUAUGGAUUUAAAGAAAAAAUUUGCCUUUUUCUUUACUGAGAAAAUUUUACCUUUUAAUCAAGGCUUUUUUUACUAUCAAGCACUAAUAAUAGUCGAGCGUUGCUGUCCUACCGACAGCUCUUGUUAUAAUAAAACUGUCAGAUAUUUCAUAUGUGUUUCAAAGCUUUAUAUAUCUGAUGUUACUGUAUAUUGUAUAUGAAAUACCUGACAUUAUUGGAGUAACCCAAAUACAUGUAUGUUCUAGCAGACAAGUACUUAUUCUUACUUGUUUUUGUUACUUGUUUUGUUUUCUGAAAUGUUUGAUAAUUUAUAUCUCAAAUUGGUUAAGGUGACUUUAUGAUCAAGUUAAAGUUACUUCCCCUUUUAUGUUUAUGUUAUUUUCUAAUUACAUGAAAUAGUAACACACCAAGUUAUUAAAGGAGAUCCACUAACAUCCAAAAGUCCAAAUCCAGUAUUUAAAAUUCUUGCGUAAAUCAACUGAGUCACUUUUAAACAGAAAUUAUGCCCCACCAUUGUACUCAAAUGUUUUUGUGUCAGGGCUGAAAUAGUUUGCAUAUAACAUUGGUUAGUGCACCUACUAAAGUUGUAUGAAUCAUUGUCCUAGGGUAAAAAAAAAACACUGUCCCAAAUGUGACCCUGUGACUAAACUCCUGCAUUGAAAAAUAAUGA